ACUGCGUUUACCUUAUCUCCCCAAACUCGAGUUUUGUUCAAACAAGGCAAGAGCGCCAAAUAAAACAAACAAUGGCUGCUUCAACUCCUGCUCCAAACUUCUCAACAUCUUUGCACAACAAAACCCAGAAAACAAAGUUUCCUUCUUCACCAGGGAAGAAACCUUUGCACACCAAACUUGGCUUCUCAUUUUCUGUGCCAUUCAACAAGACCAUACGUGUGAAAUCCAUUGGCGCUGCAAAGUAUGAUGAAGUAGUGGUGGAUGAAGAGUUGGACAAGAUUAGGAGGCUUCAGAAUGGUUCAGAUGUUAGAGGAGUGGCAUUGGAAGGUGAGAAAGGCAGAACAGUUGACCUCAAUCCACCUGCUGUUGAGGCAAUAUCAGAGAGUUUUGGGGAGUGGGUUAUCAAUGGUUUAGAGAAGCAACGAGGGAACCCUGUGGAGAAUGUGAGAGUGUCCCUUGGACGCGACCCUCGAAUAUCAGGGUCAAAAUUGAGCGUUGCAGUGUUUUCAGGUCUUGCACGUGCAGGUUGCAUGGUGUUUGACAUGGGACUAGCAACCACACCAGCUUGUUUCAUGAGCACUUUGUUGCCUCCAUUUGCCUAUGAUGCUUCAAUAAUGAUGACAGCGUCACACUUGCCUUACACCCGAAAUGGUUUGAAAUUUUUUACCAAGAGGGGUGGACUGACUUCACCUGAGGUAGAGGAAAUAUGUGACAAAGCUGCUCGUAAAUAUGCAAAUAGGAUGGCCAAGGUCUCUACUUUGCUUAGUGUUCUUCCAACGAGAGUUGAUUUUAUGAGCACUUAUGCAAAGCACCUGCGACAAAUCAUCAAGGAGAGAAUUAAUCAUCCUUUGCAUUAUGACACUCCACUCCAAGGAUUUGAGAUAAUAGUAAAUGCUGGAAACGGGUCAGGAGGAUUCUUCACAUGGGAUGUGUUAGACAAGCUUGGUGCAGACACCUUUGGCUCUCUGCAUCUCAACCCUGACGGAAUGUUUCCCAACCACAUUCCCAACCCUGAGGACAAGACCGCCAUGGCACUCACAAGAGCAGCAGUGCUACAAAACUCAGCUGAUCUUGGAAUAGUUUUCGACACCGACGUGGACCGAAGUGGUGUGGUGGAUAACAAAGGGAACCCCAUAAACGGUGACAAGUUGAUUGCACUCAUGUCAGCCAUUGUGCUAAGGGAACACCCGGGAUCAACCAUAGUGACCGAUGCACGCACAAGCAUGGCACUCACUAGGUUCAUAACUGAUAGAGGGGGUCACCAUUGCCUAUACCGUGUUGGGUACCGAAAUGUCAUCGACAAGGGAGUUCAGCUUAAUGAGGAAGGAGUUGAAACGCAUCUUAUGAUGGAAACAUCCGGUCAUGGUGCUCUUAAAGAAAAUCAUUUUCUUGAUGAUGGGGCUUACAUGGUGGUGAAGAUUAUCAUUGAAAUGGUGCGGAUGAAGCUUGCGGGAUCAAAUGAAGGGAUUGGUAGUCUUAUAGAAGAUCUUGAAGAACCGUAUGAAUCUGUAGAGCUUAGGAUAAAUAUCGUCUCUGAACCUCGACAUGCUAAAGAUAAAGGAUCGGAGGCCAUUGAAACAUUUAGAAACUACAUUGAGGAAGGGAGGAUUAAAGGGUGGGAGUUAGACUCGUGUGGUGAUUGUUGGGUGAGUGAAGGGUGCCUCGUAGAUACAAAUGAUACCCCAGCUCCAGUUGAUGCUCGAAUGUACAGGGCAAAAGUAUCAAACGAGGAGCAUGGACAACAUGGUUGGGUUCACAUGAGGCAGAGUAUUCACAACCCAAACAUUGCUGUGAACCUGCAAUCAUCUGUUCAGGGAGGUUGCUUGUCUAUGGCAAGAGCUUUUAGAGAUGAGUUUCUCAGAGCAAGUGGAGUUCAUACAUUCCUUGACAUCACUCAAGUUGAUAAGUUUUCUGACAAUGGCUCCGUAGCAUAAUUUGCAAUUGCAAUUACUUGAUGUAAAUGCUGAGAGUCGAAACUUCUGUAUCAUUUCAAUAUGAUAUUAGUUUACUGUGAAUUAUUGUAACAUUAGAAAAGGAAAAGAAAGUAUAGAACUGCAAUUGAGUACAUAUUAUAGAGAGCUUCUUCCGAAUAAAUUAUGGCUGUAGUAUGAGUAAACUAGAGUUAUGUAAGCAAAGUAACAUAUCAAUAAAAAUUAUUGAUUCCUGUUAU